AAUACGUUGUACCGGGACUUCCGUUUUGUCGUGUGGUGGUUGCGGCUUCAAUCAUCCAAGAUGACCACAGCUGCAAGACCAACGUUUGAGCCUGCGAGGGGAGGGAGAGGGAAGGGAGAAGGUGAUUUGAGUGCUCUGUCUAAGCAGUACUCAAGCCGAGAUCUUCCAGGGCAUACCAAGAUCAAAUACAGGCAACCUACCCAGGAUCCCCCUGAGGAGGUACGUGCCCGUGACUUCCGGCGGGAGCUGGAGGAGAGAGAGCGCGCCAAUGCACGUGAAAAGACCAGAGAGAGGGGACCAAGAGAGCACACUACAUCGUCAUCAUCUUCCUCAUCUUCAAAGAGACCUAGACUGGAUCAGAUCCCAGCAGCCAACCUUGAUGCAGAUGACCCUCUGACUGAUGAUGAUGAGGACGAGGAUUCUGAGGAAGACAGCGAUGGUGAUGAUGACACUGCAGCUCUUACAGCAGAACUUGAGAAGAUUAGGAAGGAGCGAGCUGAAGAACAAGAGCGCAGGGAGCGAGAACAAAAAGCAGAGGAGGAGAGGAUUCGAAUGGAGAAUAUCUUAAGUGGCAAUCCUUUGAUUAAUUUGGCAGGGCAACAGCAACAGGCAAUCCAGAGUCAACCUACAUUCAGGGUCAAGAGAAGGUGGGAUGAUGAUGUUGUAUUCAAAAACUGUGCAAAGGGAGUGGAUGAGGCACGCAAAGAGAAACGCUUUGUUAACGAUACUCUGCGCUCUGAGUUCCACAAGAAAUUUAUGGAGAAAUAUGUUAAGUAAAGGACUUGGUGUGGGUCUUAAUUUUAUGUUUUAUUUUUUUCUGUCUUUUUUUUUUGGUUUUUAAAUCUCAGUUCUUUGUUUUUUGUUUUCCAGUUGAUAGGUGGCAUUUAAAUACAUUCUGUAUUCAAUGCAUUGUUGUCUGUACAGUCAACAGAUAAAUGUUGUAUAUAAGUUGUUUUUGCAUCCUUGAAUAAUGAUCAAAAACAGGUAGAUCUGUUGAAUGUGAUUCAGCAUCUGAGUCUUUCUGUCCCAUUUAAUUUCAAUAAAGAAAACAUUGUUUAAAA